AUGCCGUUCCGCCAUCAGCCAGUCACCAAGCCGAUCCGAACCAAAUACGACAAGCUCAAAGUCGACAUCCUCCGAGGUCUUCUUGCCCUACGCGUCCUUCCAACUACAGGCAAGAAAGCCGACUUGACCAUGCGUCUGUUCCAGGACGACAAUAACAAUGAGAGAUUGGCAGCUCUAAGGGCUCUUUGGCAGCACCCUGCCGUCGUGAAGCCAUCGUCAGACCCGGAUCCAGGACAGGGCCCAAGCUUAUGCUAUCCACGACAGAACCAUACCUCCUAUUACGAGAGCAUCAGUAUUGCCCAACUUGUCUACCACCUGCACGAGCGUGCACUUUCCGUCCAUGGCGAUCAAGAGGACUUGGUCAAACGGCUCAGAGAUUACGACUGGGAUGGUUCCGACUCAGGCUACAGCGAGUCCGACGACGAAGAAGAGGAAGAUCACACCGCUAGCUUCUACCAUCGCACGCUAACGCAUCAGAGCCUCUACGACGGUAAAGGUCUUCACCCGAGUAUACUCAUUGGACUGCGCAUCCAGGGGUUCUUCUACGAUGCAAAAAAAGGGCUGCAAUUACACUGUGAUCGUGGCCGCUUUAACCUCACAUUUUGCGGCUGGCCAUGGCCGACAUCCGUUGGCUUACCGUUGUGUCAUACAGAUCGGAUCAGGCUCGAUAAGGUCUUGUGGAACGGCUUAAGAUCUGUCCAGCAGCUGGAUGAACAGGGUCUAAACAACAGUAUUGGUCUGGACAAGGGGGAAAAGGGAGAAAAUUUGCUUAUUGUCAGUGCUGUGAUCGCGGUGAGGAAAGGGAUGGGAGGUGAUUACCGUGUGCUUGGGCUGCAGUGCGAGGGGAUGAGCACGAUGGGAUACGUGUACGCUGAUGACAGAGAGGCCUGUCGCGUCAAAUGUCCGGGGCGGUUUGUUCGCUUUUUCGACGUUGCAGUUGAUAGAAGAAAGGAUCAAUGA